GAUCUAAUUCAUUUCGCAGCAGAACCGCGGUCUGCAGAAGUUCGAGCAUGCUCAGUGUACACCGACCUGGAUUUCUCUCAGUUCAGUUUAACUGCCGUGGGGGAGAGAGGUGGUCAGCAGCAGCGGAGCGGAUGGUUAGGGGAUGAGAGUUGGGUGCCGAUGUGACUCCAGAAACAUUUUGGCUCCUUUUCCCCACUCUGCAGUCUACUCGUUUGGUCAAGUUUAUCUGUAUGUGAAUAGAAAACGGAUAAUAUUAACAAUGUUUGUUCGUCCUGUACAGAAAAGCAGAUUAGUGUCUCCUAUGGCUGCUUAUAGAUAGCUCAUUCCUGACAUGCAGAUACACGCAUAAUGACAGAUUUGCUUCGGGGUGUCAACGGCAGUCAAAGAAAAUGAACGGAGUUUAUGGAUACACAUUUAUGCUUUGGGUGUCCGUGAUCACUCUCCACACCACGGGCGCCCGAGGACAAGCUGAAUUCGAGAACAACAGCACUGGAAAUGGGACCUCGGAAGACGGUGGUGCCCCCGUGGUGCUCACGAAGAUUAGUCAGAUUAUUGCCCGUGAGGGGAAAAGCGCCUUGAUUGACUGCAAUGCCACUGGAGAUCCCCUUCCAAAUGUACAGUGGUUCAACUCCCGUGGAAGCCUGUUAGACGUUGAAACGAGCGGUGGGAAAUGGUGGAUAUUGGACAGCGGUGAGCUCAACAUCACCAGCAUCACGUUCGCCGACCGGGGCAAGUACACCUGCAUGGCCUCCAACGUGUACGGGAGCAUGAACCACACGGUGACGCUGCGGGUGGUGUUCACCAGCGACGACAUGGGCAUCUACUACAUGAUCGUGUGCCUGGUGACCUUCACCAUCAUCAUGGUGCUGAACGUCACCCGCCUGUGCAUGAUGAGCAGCCACCUGAAGAAGACGGAGAAGGCCAUCAACGAGUUCUUCCGCACCGAGGGCGCCGAGAAGCUGCAGAAGGCCUUCGAGAUCGCCAAGCGCAUCCCCAUCAUCACCUCGGCGAAGACGCUGGAGCUGGCCAAGGUCACGCAGUUCAAGACCAUGGAGUUCGCGCGCUACAUCGAGGAGCUGGCCCGCAGCAUCCCGCUGCCCCCGCUCAUCAUGAACUGCCGCACCUUCAUGGAGGAGAUCCUGGAGGUGGUGGGCGUGGAGGAGAUGAGGCACACCUUCGUGCGGCAGGCCCCGGAGAGCCACGAGGGGGCCUGCGGCGGCGACGCGGACGUUUACACCAUCCUCCGCGAGCGGGAGCGCAGCAACUCGCCGGCGGCCGACUCGGACGACGCGUCGCUGGAGGAGCACCCCCAGCAGAUCGCCAUCCAGGUGUCCGUGCACCCCCCGCUGGCGGCGGCGGCGUACUGCGGCGUGGAGGCCGCCGUGCCCGAGGCUCCGAAGGCGGGGGCCGCCUGCCCCUCCCCCCCGGCCCUUCCUGCCGCCAGGGAGCCCCCCAAGCCGGAGGCGGAGCCACAGGCCGCACCCCUGGAACAGGAACAGGAACGGGAAGAGGAACCGGAACAGGAACAGGAACAGGAACAGGAACAGGAAGUAGUAGAUCCGGCAGAAGACAAGGUCAAACCAACCCAGGUCAUCUACGAAAGCCAUGUGUAAUACUUUCUUUUUUUCUUUUUUCUUUUCUUUUUUUUUUUUUCUGCAACUGAGAAUCGAUUUCCUAUGCAUUUCCAAAAAUGAAAAAAAAUAAUAAUAAAUAAAAAAUAAAAAAAGAUCAAGAACUCCUUAGAAAAGUUUACAAGCUGAAUUUUUGUAUAAAAAGAUGGUUAGACCAACUAGACAUUGGUGUGGGGUGGAGUUGGCCCACUUGUUACAGGUUUCCACUAAGUUCUGCUUGAAGAGCUGUGCAUUCAUUCUGAUUUACUGCAAAUCAGUAGCUUGGGUUUUUUCAUGUUGAAUGUAUGUGGCUAACCCUAAAUGAUGUCAAAGCUGUAUAAACUGGAUUAAAUGGCCUUGAUCCACCUGAACUAAAGGAAUGUCCAAUAUUCCAUGAGGCCAGUUGAUGAACAAAAUAUGUACCACGUAACAUGAAUGUCCAUAGUGCAAACUCCCACUAUCAUAAUUUUUCACGAUUAUUAUUUGUUUCAUUUAAUUUAUCAUCCUCAACCAGGUUUGUUGAAUGCACGACUAGAUUUUCAUGGAGUUCUUGCCUUCAAAGAUCAAUGUACUGUAUCAGAAGCGAGAAUGUGUGUCUAUUUAUUUUGUAUAAUCAUUUCCCGUUUUCUUUCCUUUUAAUCCCCCCCCCCCCCCCCCCCCCCCCCAUCGCCCCUUCCAAAAAAAAUAAAAUAAACUGUACUGUUGCAUGUGAGACUGUUCUGAAUGCUCAGCUGACUUUCCUUCUGAAUUUAGAACCUACUCUUUACUGUCUGACGGGGAUGCUAUCCUUCAGUGCUGCGCUGAAACCUGAAAUGGCUCUUUUGUAGUGAAAUAAACUCUUGUCUGCUGUUGCUAUGACUUAA